GGGGAUGGGGCGCGGCUCGGCGGGACCGCGGCCCCUCUGCCCCCCCCCGCGCCCCCCCCUCCGCGCCCCCCUCUGCUGCCUCCUCGGCCUCCAGCUGGUGCUCGGCGCUGCGCACCCAGACUCCAAGGUCUUCCUCAUCUACAACACGGGCUCCCAGGGCUGCCUGGAGACCAAGGACUCGCUGGUGCGACUGGCCAAGGGCUGCAACGGCAGCGCCCCGGCCCAGCAGUGGAAAUGGGUCUCCCGAAACCGCCUCUUCAACGUGGGGGCCAUGCAGUGCCUGGGGGUGUCGUGGCACGGGGGGAACAGCACGGCGGGGCUGCACCCCUUGGCCACCUACGAGUGCGACCGCGAGUCGGUGAACAUGCGCUGGAGCUGCCGCGGGCUCGGCGAGCAGCUCUCGCAGCACCUCGGCGCCCGCCCCGCCAACGCCUCCCUGGACAGGGGGGACCAGGCACGUGGCUCGCAGUGGAGGACGUACGGCACCGAGGAGGACCUGUGCUCCGUGCCCUACUCUGAGAUUUACACCAUCCAGGGCAACUCCCACGGGAAGCCCUGCACCAUCCCCUUCAAGUACGACAACCAGUGGUUCCAUGAGUGCACCAGCACGGGCAGGGAGGACGGGCACCUCUGGUGUGCCACCACCCAGGACUACGGCAAGGACGAGCGGUGGGGCUUCUGCCCCAUAAAGAGCAACGACUGCGAGACUUUUUGGGACAAGGACCAUCUCACCAACAGCUGCUACCAGUUCAACUUCCAGUCGACGCUGUCGUGGAGGGAGGCCUGGAAUAGCUGUGAGCAGCAAGGGGCCAACCUGCUGAGCAUCACCGAGAUCCACGAGCAGACCUACAUCAACGGGCUCCUGACUGGGUACAGCUCCACGCUCUGGAUUGGGCUCAACGACCUGGACAUCAAUGGAGGCUGGCAGUGGUCAGACAACUCGCCCCUCAAGUACCUCAACUGGGAGAGUGACCAGCCUGACAACCCCAGCGAGGAGAACUGUGGGGUGAUCCGCACCGAGUCCUCGGGGGGGUGGCAGAACCGCGACUGCGGCAUCGCCCUCCCCUACGUGUGCAAGAAGAAGCCCAACGCCACGGCCGACCCCUUCCUGACGGACUCGUGGUCGGAGGUGAAGGUGGACUGCGAGCCCAGCUGGCAGCCCUUCCAGUCCAACUGCUACCGGCUGGUGGGAGAGAAGAAGAGCUGGCAGGAGGCAAAGAAGACCUGCCUGCGGAGUGGGGGGGACCUGGUCAGCAUCCACACCCUCUCCGAGCUGGAAUUCGUCACCAAGCAGAUCAAGCAAGGUGAGGAGGAGCCCGCUGUGCCAGCAGCCCCCUUCCCAUCCGGUUAUGGGGUCCAUGGGAACGUCCCUGGGCGUGCUGGAGGCUGCAGAGUUCACUUUGUGGCUGUGCAGGGAGUGGAGGCCCCAGGCUGGGAGGUGAUGUAUUCCUUGGAGGAGCCCGAAGGGAGGUGGAACGACAGCCCCUGCAACCAGACCCUGCCGUCCAUCUGCAAAAAGCCGGGUCGGGUGAGCCAGGAGAAGGAGGAGGAUGACCAUGGGUGCCGAAAGGGCUGGAAGUGGCACAGCCCCUCCUGCUUCUGGCUGGGCGAGGACCGUGUCCCCUACAGCGACGCCCGCAAGAUGUGCUCUGACUAUGGCUCCACACUGGUCACCAUCACCAACAGGUUCGAGCAGGCCUAUGUGAGCAGCCUCAUCUACGGCUGGGACGGGGAGUAUUUCUGGACAGCCCUGCAGGACAUCAACGAGACGGGCGCGUUCCGCUGGCUGAGCGGGGACGAGGUGAUGUACACGCACUGGAACCGCGACCAGCCCGGUUACAACAAGGGCGGCUGCGUGGCCCUGGCCACCGGCAGCUCCAUGGGGCUGUGGGAGGUGAAGAACUGCAGCACUUUCAAGGCCAAGUACAUCUGCCGGCAGAACCUGGGCACCCCGGUGAACCCCGAGCUGCCCGGGCCCUACCCCACGCCCAGCCUCACCGCCACCUGCCCCCCGGGCUGGAGCUCCGACCCCAAACUCCGGCACUGCUACAAGGUGUUCGCCUUCGAAAAGCUGCACGAGAAGAAGACGUGGAUCGCGGCGCAGGAGUUCUGCCGGGAGCUGGGGGCCCAGCUGCUCAGCCUGGGCAGCUACGAGGAGGAGCACUUUGUCGCCAACACCCUCAACAAGAUUUUUGGGGAGUCAGAGCCGGAGCUCCACGAGCAGCACUGGUUCUGGAUUGGCCUGAACCGACGGGACCCUGCGGGGGACCGGAGCUGGAGGUGGAGUGAUGGGCUGGGGUUCUUCUACCACAACUUUGACCGCAGCAACUACGACGACGACGACAUCCGGCCGUGCGCGGUGCUGGACCUGGCCUCCCUGCAGUGGAUGCCGAUGCAGUGCGAAGCCCAGCUGGACUGGAUCUGCAAACUGCCCAAAGGUGCUGACGUGAAGGAGCCGGAGAUCACAACCCAAGGCAGCAAAGAGUGGGUGAAGUACCAGGAGGCCGAGUACAAGUUCUUCGAGCACCACUCGACGUGGCUGCAGGCCCAGCGCAUCUGCAGCUGGUUCCAGGCCGAGCUGGCGUCGGUGCACGGCGAGGCCGAGCUGCGCUUCCUGGGCCAGAACCUGAAGAAGUUCUCCAGGGGCCAGGAGCAGCACUGGUGGAUCGGGCUGAACACCUACGAGAACGACGGGAGGUUCAAGUGGUCUGACGGGUCUCUCCUCAACUUCAUCUCCUGGGCACCGGGCAAGCCCCGGCCCAUCGGCAAGGACAGGAAGUGUGUGUACAUGACGGCCAGCAGAGAGGACUGGGGGGACCAGAAGUGCAUGACGGCACUGCCCUACAUCUGCAAGCGGAGCAACGCGACGGCCGUGAAGCCCUCGCUGCCUCCGGCACCCACUCCCACAGCUGGGGGCUGCCCCCGAGGAUGGGUGCAAUUCCUCAGCAAGUGUUUCAGCUUCAAUGGCCACAACAAAGGCGAGAGAGUGAAGUGGCUGGAGGCAAAGCAGGCGUGUGAGAGCCAGGGCGCCGUCCUGGCCACCAUCUCCAGCCCCCUGGAGCAGGCCUUCAUCACGUCCAUGCUGCCCAACAUCUCCUUCGACCUCUGGAUCGGCCUCCACGACGCGCAGAGGGAGUUCCAGUGGGUGGAGGGGGAGCCCCUGCGGCACGUGAGCUGGGCCCCCGGGGAGCCCUCGGGCUGCAGCGCCUCCAGCCCCCGCGACAAACCGACCAACUGUGUGGUGGUGUGGCACGGCUCACCCCCUCUCUUCACGGGACGCUGGGACGACCGGAGCUGCCUGGAGGAGAAGCACGGCUACAUCUGCCAGCGGAGCAUAGACCCGGCCCUGAGCCCCGCGCGGACGCCGUACCCGCCCUCGCCCACCGGCGCCCUCUUUUACCACAACAGCACUUACCGCAUCCUGCAGAAACCCCUCAGGUGGCACGAGGCCCUGCUGCUCUGCGAGACCCUCAAUGCCACCCUGGCCACCAUCCCCGACCCCUACAGCCAGGCCUUCCUCACCCAGGCCGUCAGCAGCCUGCGGGCCCCGCUCUGGAUCGGCUUGGCCGACGAGGGUGGCCGGAGCUACUCGUGGCUGACGGAGGAGAACGUGGUGUACACCAACUGGCAGGAUGGGGAGCCCCAGCAGAUCACGGGCUGCUCCUACAUGGAUGCGGACGGGAGCUGGCGCACGGCCGGCUGCGACACCAAGCUCCAGGGGGGCAUCUGCCAGCUCCGAGCAGGUGCCCCCCGCACGCACAAGUGGAGCUACAGUGGCAGCUGUCCCAAAUCGCUGGAGGACUCAUCCUGGAUCCCCUUCCGGGACCACUGCUACACCUUCCACAUGGAGAUCACCCUGGGGCAGAAGGACGCCAUGAGGAGGUGCCAGAAAGUCGGUGGCACGGUGUUGUCCAUCCAGGAUGAGAUGGAGAACGUCUUUGUGUGGGAACAUCUGCAGUCGUACGAGGGCCCUUCCAAGGGGGCCUGGCUGGGCAUGACCUUCAACCCCAAAGGUGGCACCUUGGUCUGGCAUGACAACACUGCUGUGAACUACUCCAACUGGGGCCAGCACGACACGGGGCCCAGCAUGCUCAGCCAGAACAGCUGCUACUGGAUCCAGAGCAGCAACGGCGUGUGGCGCCUGGGCUCCUGCACCAACGUCACCAUGGGGGUCAUCUGCAAGAUCCCCCGAGUGGAGGAGAGCAGCUUUUCCAGGGCAGCCCUGCCGGAGAACACGACGGCCAUCGCGGUGGUGGUGGUGUCGGCGCUGGCGCUCUGUGCCGUGCUGGGGGUCGUGGUGUUCCUGUACCGGCGCCGGCGCAGCGCCGAGCGCGGAGCCUUCGAGAGCGCCCGCUACAGCCGCACCACCUCCAACCCCGGCGAGGCCGCCGAGAAGAACAUCCUGGUGUCGGACAUGGAGAUGAACGAGCAGCAGGACUAACGGCAGGGGGGAUGCUGGGGACGGGGGCCUGGGGAGGGGGGAGGACGGGCGGCGCGGCACACGCAACCCCCCCGGC